AUGUCUACCUUGCAGUCAUGCAGUGACCGCAUUGUGAUCUACUGGCUUCCUGUGUCUAGCAAUGUCCUAACAUUCCAGCAGGCUACAUGGAUGCUGGAUCGGUGCUUGGAUGGUUUGGGUUCCCAGCUUGCUCAUUGGUCACCCCAGCCACUGGGAGAGCACAGGAUCUAUGCCCCGGACGAUUCCAGUGGUAGUAUUCCCAGGAGCAGUGUAUAUGAAGAAGAUUCUGUGAAACAAAAUUUGAUGAUGUACCAAUGGGGUACACCAGAAACUUACCGACGUUUACUGGAACCGGAUAGUGAGAGAAAACGUUUGGAGAUUAAUCCGGAUAUCCCUUUAUCGCUGACACCCCAAGGAUACGCCAAGAUGAAAUUGAAAAUGUCCAUGUACAAUCUUCGUUUCGAUCAACUUCAACAGGAAUUGCUGAAGCAAAGCAAGCUCUGGUCUGACCCAGAUUUUCCCGCCAAAAAAGCCUCACUGGGUAAACUGGAUCACAUCAUAGAAAAAAUUGAUUGGAUGCGCAUCAAGGAAAUCAAUCCGAAUGCGCGGUUCUUUAUAGAAGGAGCAACUCGUUUCGACAUUGUUCAGGGACGUCUAGGUGAUUGCUGGUUUCUGGCAGCCAUUUCAUCCAUAUGCAAUUAUCCGGUUCUGCUAAACCAAGUGGUUCCACGAGAUCAGGAUCCAUCUGCAUCAGAUUACGUGGGUAUUUUUCGCGCUCGAUUUUGGCAUUUCGGUCACUGGGUUGAAGUAUUGGUGGACGAUCACAUGCCGGUAUAUCGAGACNGCCGGUUAAAUGGUUCGUAUGCCAAUCUCAUUGGUGGUAUAUUGUGCGAAGCCAUGGAAGAUCUAACCGGUGGCGUGGUGGAAACAAUUUCUUUCGAAGAGGAGCGUCGACCCAAAGACCUAGUACGGUUACUACAAUUGUACACUGAACGCUGCGUCCUCAUGGGGUGUCAUGUUGAGUUAAGUGUAAGUUUAACCCUAAGCAAAUCGUUUUACCCGCUAGUAGAUCAACUGUGA